UUGGGAAAUAAAUAUGGCUGGCGAUGAAAAGCUACUGUGAUGAGAACAAAACAAUAUGCUGAUUCAGUAGUUUUUAUCGACAUAUCUACUAUUUAAUAAUUCAGUUGAUGUGUAAUUUUGAGGAACUUUAUCCAGAUCUCCAUAGGGUUUCAUUUGAGUUCAAAGCAGCAUAUAAGAAAGAUAAAAUAUAAUUAAGAUAUGGCACACCCAAGACCAAUAAAAUGUGUGGUGGUUGGUGAUGGUACUGUAGGGAAAACCUGUAUGUUAAUAUCCUACACAACAGAUAGUUUCCCUGGAGAGUAUGUUCCUACUGUAUUCGAUAAUUACACAGCCAACAUGGUAGUAGAUUGUUACUCCGUCAAUUUAGGACUAUGGGAUACAGCAGGACAAGAAGACUAUGAUAGGUUGCGUCCCUUGUCUUAUCCUCAGACGGAUGUAUUUUUAAUAUGCUUUAGUGUUGUGAGUCCCUCCUCCUUUGAAAAUGUAACAACAAAAUGGAACCCAGAAGUAAAACACCACUGUCCAGAUGCUCCUGUUAUAUUAGUUGGAACAAAAAUAGAUCUGAGAGAAAACAAAGAGGCUAUAGGUCAGCUAACAGCCCAAGGCUUAUCACCAAUUAAAAGAGAACAGGGAAUUAAAUUAGCCAAUAAAAUUAGAGCUGUGAAAUACAUGGAAUGUUCUGCUUUAACACAGAGAGGUUUAAAACAGGUUUUUGAUGAAGCUUGUCGAGCAGUUCUACAGCCACAGCCAGUUAGACAAAAAAAUCGCCAGUGUUUACUACUGUAAAUCUAUCAUCAAUCAAACAUUAUCAUCAUAUUAUCAUUUAUUAGGAACUGUUAUUUAAUUAGCCUUUUCUUUGCCAGGAUUUUGUAAUCUCAAUCUUUAUCAUUUCAAGGGUUUUUUUGAAAACUAAUAUUUUUUCCUUAUGGAGUUUUGUCAGCUUUGCUAGAUUAAGAUUUUAGAGCAAUAAAAAUGUUGAAUUGUACGUACAAGGAAACAUGUUUAAACUGCAAUUGUGUUAAUUUGUGUUAUUCCACAGGCUUUGUGAAUAGCCAAUAUAAUGGGAAGGUAAUAAGUUUUUCUGCUUCUUUGGUGUCAAAAAGGGGAGAUAAUAAAGUUAAAAGAUAUUUCAAAAUUAAGAAGAUUGUUUAGCAUUAAUUUUUUGUUUACAUUAGAUAUUUUGUUCCUGAAAUAAGUAUAGUCAUUUGUAAACAUUUUGUACUUGUGUAAUGCAUCCUAGUUUACAAUUAUAAUAUAAAGAAGAGUGUAAGAUGGUAAAAUGUUUUGUACAAUUAUAAAUUAUGACAGUUGAGUUGUACAACCUUUUAAUUGUAAAUUACUACAGUGACUGUUAUGAUUCCUAACUACAGUGAUUUAACAAGUUAAUAAGGUACAACACAAAGUUGAAAGUUGAGUCAAAGUUAACAUGCUUGUUAUAUUGUGUUUUUUGUUUGUUUGUUUUAAUACCAUGUUUGAAACAUAAUAGACAUUUUGUACUGACAAUCAUUCACUCCCUUAGUACUGUUGUCAAAUUAGUUUUUGAAAAUUGUCUAAAAUAAUGUUAAAAGGCAUCUUGAUAACAACAAAUUUUAUAAGUGAUAAAAACGAAUGUUGUUCAAAUUACCACUUUAUAGACACAGAUUACUUGUUUUUAGAAGAAUUUAUAACAAGCCAAUGUACUUUUAAAAAUUUGGUAAAAUUAUUUCAGAUAUUCAAGAAAAAUGGGGCAUUCAUUAAAAUGACUUAAAUGUUGUUAAAUUUUUUUAAUAUAAACAUUGGUAGAUGGAUUGGUUAGUUUAAUGUAAAUUUGGAUAUUUGAUAUUUAGAAAUUUCAAGAAAUUUAAAAUGAUGCUUGGUGAUUAUAAAAUAUUCUCUGAAGCAUUGCAAAAUAUUUAGUCAGAUUUCAUGGACUGCUGAAUAAGCCCUCCAUUUAUAAAGAAAAUCACUUUCAUGUAUAUCUUCUUUUUACAGAAAAGUUUAAGAUUUAUAUCUUUGAUAUUGCAGACACAUCCUAUUUAUUUCAUUAAAAAGGUAUAUUUGGACAGCCCGUAUUGAUUGAUACCCACUUACCUGAAUAGUUAUAGGAUUGUUUUAAUUUUUUUUAACAAAGGUACCAUAGGUAUUUGCAAUUGUAUUGAAAUAGAAAAAAAAUAUAUCGGGACAAAACUGUUCAAGGAGUUUUUCGAAUUGCAUGUUUUUUUUUACCUUAAUUGUUUCCCUAAUUGCAGAAAAGCAAGCACUUGAUAUAAUUAUAUUUCUCUACAAUAACCAGAUUAGAUAGUAACGUAAAUUAAAAAAAUUCUGGAAAAAUAUAUUUUAAAGGAGAAGGUCCGGUAAGACCUCUUUUUGGCACCAAAAUAUAGCAUUUUUACAAAUUUGUUGAAAUGUAAACUUUUAGCUAUGUAUUGGAAAGAAGAAUACUUCUGUUCCAUAAAUAUUGGCUGUUUUUGACAAUACAAUGCACAUGCAUCAGAUACUAGCAUCAUACAUUCAUGCAAUAUUACUGAAAUCUUCACAAUUUUAGCAUUUGUGCUAAUUUUAAGACGGUUUUUGUCUAAAAUGGAAGUGGCUGCAUUUGCGAUCAGUCUUAAUACUUAAAUAUAUGUUGUAUUUGAUGAUAAUACAUAACAUAUAUAAAGGUUGAGACUGAACACGAAUGCGGCCACUUCCAUUUUAGACAAAAACCAUCUGAAAAGUGACGUUUUAUUGCAUGUUUGAUAGAUUUUUGAUACUCAAGCUUGAAUUUGAGCGCCUUUCAUGACCAAAUCAGUUCCAAUCUUUUACAUAAACUAUUUGAAUCGACUUAAGUAGACACUUAAGUGUUUAAAAAAUGUAAAAACUCUUUCAUCAAAUGUACUUCGAAUUUUAGGCCAAAACUAGCCCUUACCGGACCUUCUCCUUUAAAGAGAAACUAUCAAAUACAAGUCACAUGAUAUUGUUUGAUGCCUAAUAAUAAUAAACAUGUAUGUACGAUGUUUGGCAGAUUUUUGUUAAAGGGAAAAGGUAUUUUGUAAAACCAUCAUUUUUGGAUUUUGAACAUAAAUUAGCAGAUUUGUUCGAAAAUUAUAAAAAAAGGAAAAAACAUUAAAAGGCAAUUUUAAUACAUUUAAUUGUCAUUUGUCCAAAUCAAAAUCCAAUCUAAAACUCUUCAUGUUUUAAGUAAGCUACCAUCACUGUAAGUAGUGAAAUAUUUAUGGUUCAAAUCAAAAUCAUCCUUUCUAUUAAGAGAUGAAAAUAAAUAAGAUUAUUUUGUAAUCCUCUAAUCUUGAAAUUUUUCAUAUUGUAUAAACCUUUCAGGUUCUUAGUUUUGUCAACAUCAUGCUCUUGGCUAAAUAAAAACCAGUUAUUCUGAGACACAUGGCAUUAUUUCUUUUUUCCAAAAUUAUAAUAUAUCAUAUUCCUUUAAACAGCAUAAUGGUUUAUAACUUGAUUUUUAUGAAGUCAUUCUUGGUAAACAGUCCUUGUAAGAAUAAAAAUACUGAUUAUAUUUUACACUAAUUUAUUAUCUGGCCAUUGAAUUAGUCCUAAUGUGUAUAAUAUUGCAACAAUUUUUAUGAAUGUUUAUAAUUGCUUAGAAAAGAGGGUGUAUAUUUGUGGUGCUUAUUUACUGUAAUGUUAAGGUUUACCAUAUUUAUGUAUUUAUUUGAAUGGAUACUAAACAAGAGAGAAUGGCAUUGUUUUUAGAGAUUUCUAAGGUAUGUAAUGCUUGCCUCAUGUAGUCAGGCUUUAGGUAUUUUAGCACAACAUUAUUCAGGUCCAGUAAGUAUUUUUUUUCUUAUAAGGUUAUAAAAUUAAGGAAGAUGUUAUUUAGACAGUUUUUAGUAUCAGAAAAAUUCCAAACAACCAGGAUAGUAAAACCAUUUUUUAAUGAAAUAGGAAAUAAUGAUUCCAAUCUUGACUAGUUAUGAAAUAGGAAAUAAUGAUUCCAAUCUUGACUAGUCAUGAAAUAGGAAAUAAUGAUUCCAAUCUUGACUAGUCAUGAAAUAUAUUUUUCACAUAGAAAGGGUAGUUACUGAAACCCUUUUUCAUGUGAAUACUGAAUACAAGUAAAAUCCCCUUUGUAUUUUGUGAAGUUUGUUUUGUUAAAGAGAUACACCAGGUUGUGAAAAUUUGUAUAUAAAUGUUGAUAUACAGUGUACUAGAAGUCAAACUUGAGUUUAAAAACAUUUAAUAGACCCAUGAUUAAUUUUUAUAUUAUCAUGUUUAAGCAAAUUUUAUUUUAUCAUUUUUAAUGUUUUUGGAAUUGAGUCAGUUUUAACUUUUGAUUGUUGAUGACUCAAAAUAAAAAAAUCAGUUACAAAUAUGUAACACUCAGAAACAUGUCCAUAUGACAUUAUAUAAAUAACACAUAGCUGAGAGGUAAUAGAGCAGGUUGUUACCCCGAGAAAACAUUGUCAACUGAGGCGAAGCCAAGGUUGACAAUGUCUUUUCGAGGGGUAACAAUCUGCUCUAUCACCCUCUCAGAUAUGUGUUAUUUAAUUUAUUAUACUGAAUGUUCUGUUAUUACUGUCGAUUAAAUUUCAAAUUCAAAGUAAUAAACUAUGACGUCUUGUACAUAACAACCAUCCGUAUUUAAUAAAGCGCACACUUGAUCAAGCGUCUCCAUGAAGGGUAAUAGAGUAGAUUAACACCCUCGUAUUAGCCAAUCAAAAUAUGGCAUUUUAACGUGAAGUAUAAUAAUAUUAUAUACCCAAACAGGCUUAAAUAUUGUUGGAUGCCUACAUGUGUCUUUCCACUAAAAUCCAAUUAUCUUAAAUAUCCCAAACGUUUCCACCAUUAUGGAAGACAACUCUGUUAUAUAUGGUUUUAUACAAAUCCUUGAUUUAAGAAAAAGAACUUCCUUUCUGAACAUCCUCAGCAAAUAAAUACAAAUUGUUGAAAAUCAAAUUCUAUGAUGCAACUAUUUUCCUAAUCUGAUAUCUAUUUAUUUAAAAAGCAGAAAUCCUGAUAUCUCAUCCUUUAUUGUAUGUAUAGUGUUCCUUAUCUUGAGUAAAAUUAAGAAUAGAAAUGGGGAAUAUGUCAAAGAGACAACAACCCUGCUAAAGAGCAGAUAACAGUCGAAGGCCACCAAUGGGUCUUCAACACACAGAGAAAAUCCUUUUUAUCCAGAUCACCACUCUUUUCCUCUAGUAGCCACUGUUGAACAUUACAAUUAUCUAUUCAUGAUGGGAUAUGUGAGGUAGUCAACAUUGCCGUAAUUCCUGAUCGUUAACCUGCAUUUCUAAGUUAUUUAAAAAAAAAAGGAUGAGAAAUUAAAAAUUUUAUCAUUUAUUAAAUAGUGUAAACUUUAUAGAGGAUACUGUUAUGUAUGUUGCUGUAUAAACAAAACUAUUGUUAGAGGCCCUACCUUGUCACUGAGUUCAACUUGAGGCUUAAAGUGACAUGUUUUGGCAAUUUCAUCAUUCAGACACAUUGGAGUGUGAAAUAUAAUUGGACAUGUUUUGGAAGAAUAAAAUUGGACAAUUUUGGUUGAUAUGGAUAUGUUUUGGCUAGGAGACACUUUUUUGGGAAUGGACAGGUUUGAGAUUGUUGCAUAUAUAUUUCUAUUCUGAAGCAAAAACAUUCGAAAAAUGCAUUUAUUUACAUAAAAUAUCAUUUUGAUAAAGAAAAGAAAAUCACAUGUAAAUAUUUAUUGUUUAGAAAUAAUAAUUUAAAAAGGUAUAUAAAUAGAAGGCUGGAAAGCAGCAUAAUAUCUAAAUUAAUUGUGUAAUGUCAUAAAGUAACUAAUUGUUGUUACUAAAUAUAAAUGUUGGUACAUAUAUGUAUUAGUGUGUAAAUCUAUAGAUGUAGUGUACCUGUGAUUUAUAUUCUACUUAACGUCAUUCUCCUUUAUAUAUUGAGUAUAACGUGAAACUUGACAGUCUGUUAAAUGUUAGUUCUACCUUGUAUAGUCUGUCUGUAAUAGCACAAGCUCUCUAUUUAUAGUGCUGCUUGUAUAAUCUAUAUAUGACGAUCUCUGUUUGUAUGUAAAGCUCCUGCUGUUUAUAUUCAUAAGAAGUAAAUUUUAUUAAGUGAUUUUUUUUUAUAAAGGAUUGUUUAAACAUUAAAGGUGACACACUAUUUAGAAUUAUAUUUAUGCAAAGAAUAAGUUAAAAUAUUUGAAUUAUAUGAGCUGUUUUUCUUCAUUUAAAAAGUUUGCUAGAUUUAGUUGUAAUAUUGAAUAGACCUCUGAUAAAUUUAUUGUAUAUUUCUUACUGAUUAAGCUACCAAUGUUAUUAACUUGUGAUUUACAUUUUCACUAAUAUGGAGGCAUUGCAAGUUUAGUAAGCUUAAGUUUGUGAGAAUAACCUUUGUUAUAAGAGGAGAGAAAAAAACCACCUACGAAAACAGCAAUGUUUUAUUCUCAUUCAGUAAUAGUGUAUUUGCUCAUUCCCCCAAAACAUUACCUAGCUUUUUUUUUGGCAUAGGAUUAGCAUUAAGUACAUGUGCAAUAAGUCAUGUGACCUAUGUGGUGCAGGAAGCUUUAUAUUUAUUUACUGCCAUACUUGAUUUAUUAUGUAUUUUUAUUACCUAGUUUUUAAUACUCAGUUUAAGUCACUUAUUUUAUAUGUGUAUUUUGAAUAUCAUAGUAUUAGACUAGUUUUGUGUAAUAUAAGGCAGUGUAUUUUAUGUACAAGGUUUAUAUAUCUGAACGUUAUCUUUGCAAGGUAUAUUGUGCAAUUAUAUAUUACAUCCCCUACUAACUUAUAUUUCUGUUCAGGAGUCAAGUAUGUUGUUCUAGAGAUUUGAUUUGACUUUGGUUACACAAUACUGUGAACAGAUUUUAUGAUUUGUUACUAAAGUAAACCUUAAAACAUUAUAGAGGAUUGAGGAAUGGUAUUGACAUCAGUUAAGAGGCUAACUCUGUUUGAGAUAAAAAAAACCUUCCUUCACCUUGAACUUAAGUCUAUUGGUAAACAAUCUGUUUGUUUACUAUGUACUCAAGUCUUAAGGUAAAAUUUAUGUUCAUAUACUAUGACUGAGUUCAACAAUUUGUUUGUGUAUCAUGUAAUCAAGUCUAAGGUUAAAAGUGUGUAUUUGAAUGAUAUACUAAAUUUGAGAUAAACAAUCUGUUUGUGUAACAUUUACUCCUAUGUGAAUGCUAUCAAGUGGGAUAUUAACAGUUUAUUGUGUCCAAUGUCUUUUGAGUUUUACUUUUUAGUCAGUUUAUGGGUUUGAUUUUCAAUUAUUCAAGAUUUUGUAUCUUUUUAUCAAGAUUUAGCAGUUAGAAAUAGGAAUACAUGUAGAAACAGUUUUAAUUUAAAGCUUAGCUGCACAUUUCAUCAUUUGUUUAAUUGUUAUAAGAGAAUAGAAUAUGUUUUAGACAAAGGAAAAUACUUGUUUUGUAAAUUAGAGAACAAAUUAGAAAAGUAUAUAGUGCUUUAUUUUGAUAAUUCUGGCAAGUUAUUUCAUAUUGAUUUCAGAAUUUCAGAUUCAAAAAUAUCUUUUUAACAUUUGAAAAAUGACAUGAUAAUUAACUGUAUAAUAAUCAGUGCUAUUUUUUAAAUCUCAGGGCCUUCAUUUUUUUUAAAUUGAAUUUGUUUAACACUUUCAGUUUAAUAAAAGGAAAAUGUUUUUUGCCCUUUAAGUUUAAUCAUGAAGAAAUCCAGAUUGAUAGUAUUUAAUUGAAAAUCUGUCUCCCUAUGAUAUAAUUGUAGAAUUGUACUUUUUUCUUCAAUUUGAUGUAUAAUUGAUUUAAUUUGAAUUAAAAAGCUUUUGGAAAAUAAUUUAAUAUUGGGCCACACAAACAAAAAGUGACUUUUCAAUUGAUCUUUUUUUAAUUUGAUUUUUUAAUAGACAGCUGUUUAGCUAUGUAGGUUUUUUCGUUUUUUAUUUUUGCCUAUCACUUACUAUGUAUACCUACUUAUAGAGAUACAAGAAGCUUAAUCUAUUGCCUACUGAUCUUCAUAUUUACAGAAAAAAGUAAUGGUUUGUUUUUGUGUGAUUAAAACAAUUUUUUAUUAUAUUUGAUUUGAUUUUAUAUCAAAUAUUUUUUUUUUCAAUUGCUGCAUUAUUUUUCCCAAACAAAAAUAGAGGUUACACAUUGGAUCAUUGGAAGAAUGAAAAAAAAUACAAAAGUGUGUCCCUUUAUAUAUAGACUUAUGAGUAGUGUCCUUUUUAAUGAAGCGUAAUUUGCUUUUCUGCAAUAUUUAACCCAGUAAAUGUGGAUCCAGUAGUUGUCAUGAAAGUUAAAACUGUAUUAUUACCCUUUCAUGUCAGUUCAUAAACCAUGUACAGUUUUAUUGUACAGUGUUUUUCGAAUUUGAUUUUAAUUUUAGGUAUGUCUAGUCAAUUAUGUUGUUUAUAUCAUAUUUACCAUAUCAGUUUUGUCACCAUGUGCAAUAUGCAAAUAAAUUACACUCUCAUUGCU